ACACAACACAAGGCACAAUGCUGAGGCUCCUUGUACUUGCUGCUUUUGUCCUUUGUGGACAUUGUUCCAGUGAUGUGAGCUACAUGGAAGAUAAUCAGCGAGUGAUCGGAGGAAGUGAAGUGGCCAGGAAUUCUUGGAAAUGGCAGAUCUCUCUCCAGUACUUGUCUGGCGGCAGUUGGUACCAUACCUGUGGGGGCUCCCUGAUCCGUGCCAACAGAGUCCUGACAGCUGCUCACUGCGUGGACAUGGUCACUUCCUAUCGUGUGGUGGUGGGAGAUCACAACAUUUACCAGAAUGAUGGCACAGAACAAUACAUCUCAGUAUCAAAGAUUGUGCAACAUGCCAACUGGAACCGAAACAAUGUUGCCGCUGGGUAUGAUAUUGCAGUGCUUCAUCUGUCCUCCAGUGCUGCCCUCAAUGCUUAUGUUCAAUUGGCCCAGCUGCCCUCUGAUGGUGCUGUCCUGGCCAACAACUAUGCCUGCAUUAUUACUGGAUGGGGCAAAACCAGCAACAAUGGUUCAGUUGCCUCUGUACUCCAGCAGGCCCCUCUGCCCGUGGUAGCCCAUGCAACCUGCUCCACUAGCUCCUAUUGGGGAAGUACAGUCAAGAGCACCAUGGUGUGUGCUGGUGGUGAUGGAGUCCGUUCCGGAUGCCAGGGUGAUUCUGGUGGACCUCUUAACUGUCCCGUCAACGGUGUGUAUCAAGUUCAUGGUGUCACCAGCUUUGUUGCUGCCGCUGGUUGCAAUACAUACCUGAAGCCUACAGUGUUCACUAGAGUGUCCGCUUAUAUUGGUUGGAUCAACGCUAAUAUAUAAGAUGCUGGAACAAAAGGAUUUUGCAAGAGUACCAGAUAAAGCAUUAUGUAAUGGAAUUCAGAUUCUAUACACAAACAUUUAAUAAAGUAUAAAAAGAAAUCUCA